GGAACAACAAAUGCUGCUUGCGCAUGGUGUGGUCAACCCAUGCAACUCAUGACAAGAUGCAGGGACUGUUUUCAAGCCCCCCCUCUGUGGGGUUCAUGUCAAGUAACUUCUCAUGUGCACAAUCCAUUUCAUUGGACAGAAGUAUGGCAAGGCAAAUUCUAUGCUCAUCAGUCAUUACAUGACUUGGGCCUCCUCAUUUGUCUAAGGCACAACAGCACAGCCUGUCCUGCAUCGUUGAGGCCACCCUCCACACCAUUUGUGGUGAUCCAUGCCAAUGGCAUCCACAACAUUUUACCAGGAUUCUGUCAAUGCCCCAGAGGACCAAAUCACCACAUUCAGCUACUUUGUGCAAACCUUUUCCCUGCGACAUUUGACAACCCAAAGACAGCUUUCAGCUUUACCAUCAUGAAGGAUUUCCACUUACACAGGCUCUGCUUGAAGAAGUCCACAUAUGACUACUAUGCAAAACUUGUAAGGCAAACUAGCAACAUCAUCCUGGCCUCCACCAAUGAUCAUUAUGGAGAGCUGCUCCGUGCAAGCCAGAUAUGA